AGGGCAAACCGUGAGCAGAUUUGAUUGCUGCUGUGGCAGCGACAUCGAUCGAUUUCUCUAAAUAUUCUUUUUUCACUCGAAUCGAUCGAUCUGCUGAUGAGUGUUUCCCCGCGCUUCAGAAAUCAAAUUUUGGUGAAGUUGCGAGCGAGAGGGGGCGAUGGCUGCAUCCUCCCCGACGAUGAGCUUGUGGCUUUGGCUGAAGGGACUGUGGACUGUCAUCAUUGACACAAUCGGCCAGCGAUUUCGAUGUCGCCAUCUUCCCAAGCGCCUUCCCCUUCCGCACUUCGCCCAUUUUACUUGCAUCGUCACAGGUUCUACGGGCGGCAUUGGAAUGGAAAUUGCCCGUGAGUUUGCAGCUUCAGGAGCACAUGUGAUAUUGGCGGUACGAAAUACUUCAAAUGGGAAGAAGCUGAUUGAGCAAUGGACGAAGGAGCGGGAAAUUUCCAGAGGUCCAGAAAUCAGAGCUGAGGUGAUGGAGCUUGACCUCUUGAAACUCUCCUCCGUCCGUACUUUUGCCCAAGAAUGGGAACGCAGAAACCUUCCAUUGCACGCUCUCAUAAACAACGCUGGGAUCUUCGCUAUGAAUGUCAAACAGAAGUUCUCAGAUGACGGUUUUGAGCAUCAUUUGCAAGUGAACUUCUUGGGUAAUGCACUUCUGUCUAUUUUGCUGCUUCCAUCACUUUUGCGCGGUGCUCCAUCUCGGAUAAUCAAUGUCAACUCCUGUAUGCACCAUAUGGGAUUUGUAGAUCCUGAAGAUCUGAAUAUCACCAAAAGGAGGUAUAGCUCUACAGGUGCUUACAGUGGGAGCAAAUUGGCUCAGCAUCUUUUUAGCCGUAUUCUUCACAUGAGAAUUCCUAAGGAGGCUGGUAUUGAUGUUAUUCUUACUCAUCCUGGUGAAGUGAUGACGCAAAUGACGCGGGAUUUACCGAAGAUUAUCCAGAAGGUUGAGGUGAUCAGCUCAGUAUUCCGACUUUCAGCAGCUGAAGGUGCGAGAGGUGUGAUUUUCUGCGCAACAGACAAGCAGGUCUUCGCGUAUACACGAGCUUUACGCGAGAUGGGGCAACCUAUAUGUCCCUACUUUUCAUCUAACUGUAAACCUGCGGAUGUUGCCAAGCUUGCUAACGACAUGGAAACGGCAAUGAAAGUCUGGAACAAGACUCUGGAGCUUUUGGAUCUUCCAGCGGACAUUGUUGAGAAACAAUUUCAAAGAAAAGAGGACAGCGCUACUUCAGAAGUUCAAUCAUGAGGCCUAGGGCUUAGUCUCCAAAUGCUGAAGGUGGAACAUUUUUUUGUGGAGCCUGUGAUAUCGACAUUGCAGUGGAGGUAGUGGGUGGCAUCAAGAAAUAUAAUUAAGUGUGUCGGCAGCAACGACGAGCUUGUUGCAUUUUGAGACACUGAGUUUAGUCAAAAUUGUUCGGAAUGUUGUUCAACUAGGUUAGAUUCUAUCUUAUCUUCGAUCGCACAACUCGGCCUGUUCUCCAACCUUCAUUACCUUGUCCGUCCGGUAGUAGUUGAAAGUGCCAAUAGUUACGCAUCACAAUGUCUUCUGUACAACCAUUUGCACUAAUUCAACGCAAUAUCAAACAUUGGAGAUGAAAUUGGGCACACAAUUAUGUUUAGUGUCGUGAAGUGUUCGAUGAAAACUCCGAUGAUAACAAAAUGCUAAGUGGCAUACAUCGGUUGCAGGGAAUAAAACUGAACUACGUUGUUGGAUUGACGGCAUGGCUG